CUACCCCGUUUCUGUCGCAGUUGGCGGAUAUCUAGGCUACGCUAUAUCUGGCUAGCAUGGCACCUCAUCCUCUUUUGAACGAACCAGCGCCCUCCAUCACCCUACCGGAUGCGAAUGGAGACACGUAUACUUUCACACCGGGAGCAAACAGCGUCCCCGCUGCCUUACUCUUCUAUCCGAAGUCUGGGUCGUACGGCUGCACGAAGGAGGUCUGCCAAUUCCGAGACGCGCUUGCCGAGAAGGAUGUCUUUAAGAGCUCCCAGUUACAAGUCAUUGGGAUAAGCCCUGACCCGGUGGAUAAGCAGAAAGAAUUCGUAGAGAAACAGAAGCUGACGUUCCCGAUUCUCAGCGACAGCAACGGCGAAGCGCGAAAGGCAUAUUCUGUUGGUAAAGGACUACUUGGCAUGGCCGAUUCUGCCCGAGUAACCUUCAUCAUCGAUACCCAAGGCGUUGUCAGGGACGUGCAUGACGCUACACUGAAUUACAAUGCCCAUGUCAAGUUUGUGCAGAAAUGGCUUGACAAGCUCGCCGCUGAGGGGACCAAAGCACCAGAGACUGCACCAGCGUCUGAAGGGAAUGCAGUCUGAGUGAUCGUGCAGGUUCACAUUCAUUGAUAUGUCCACUUUUACGAGAGCCUACGUCUCCAUCGAUCCUCAUGUUCAUCGCGUGAAAUCUUACGGUCCGUAGGCAAUGCGAACCAAUGAGAUUCGUAUACCUUGUAUACUACAUGUACCUUGGAAUAUUUGCCCCCCAUGGUGUAGGGCUUUCCUCCACUCGUCCUUGUCUGGCUAAUUGCGCACUGAUCCCCAGCGUAUCCUCCAAAAGACCCUCGCCCAGCAAUCGCAGCUGUCCGUUGCCGCCCCCCACUUGGGACUCAGCAGCGUAACGCUGAGCUGGUGGUCUCCCAAAUACCGUUUCCUCCUCCUGAUCGUUCCCUCCGUCGAAGGACUCGUCCGAGAAGUCGUCUUCAAUAGGUUCACCUCCGAUGGCGAAGGGAUGGACAACACCUUGACCAGUCUCGUCGUCUAGCGACGAACUGCCGGAUUCAUUGGAGCCGAACGAGUCAUCAAGUGAGUCACGCCUCCCACCCUGCUGCAACGCAAACUGGAACGCCGCUGAUGGAUGUGCGGUGUCGUUGAGUUCAUCGUCGAAAGAGUCGUCCGAUGACCCUAUCGAUGCAUUGGGGUCCUGCUGUAGUUCGUCCCCGCGUUCGGACAAGCGAAAGUCAAGCCCCACACGACGCAUCAUACUGUUCAGGCUCGCAUCAGAGGCCGUGCUGUCUUCGAGCCUUUCGGGGGCGAGACUCGGACGCGCUGACGGCGCUGCGGUGUAACGUGAAAUGUCCGGGGCAUCUGAUAUCAUGCUCUGGAUCGUGUCGCCUUCCGCUGGUGGCGCAAUCCGGGUCACGGACGGCGGCGCGGAUAUGGUAUCCUGGCUUAU